AUGGCAUCGUCUUUCGAUGGCAAGGUGAUUGCUAUCACCGGAGCAGCAUCCGGAAUGGGGCUCGCCACGGCGCAACUUCUCUCGUCACGCGGUGCCAUCAUCUCUCUCGCCGACAUCAACGAACAUGGGUUGAAGACAGCGGUCCAGUCCUUGAAGUGUAGCGAGAAGCACAUUUUCACUGUUGUCGACGUGCGCAGCAGCCAGUCAGUGGACGCGUGGGUCACUUCGACGGUGCAGAAACUCGGAAGACUGGAUGGAGCCGUCAACAUGGCAGGUGUAAUUCCCCCUGCCACUCCAAUCACCGAGGUGACGGACGACAAUUGGAACUUUUCAUUCGACGUCAAUGCUCGGGGUGUCUUCUUCUGUGUGAGGGCCCAGCUGAGAGCGAUGGGUGAUGGAGCAAGCAUUGUCUCCGCCGCGAGCACAUUUGGCCAAUUCGGUGCCGUAGGAAAUGUAGCAUACUGUGCCAGCAAAGCAGCCGUCAUCGGCCUCACUAGGACAGCGGCCAAAGAGAAUCAGAAGAUCAGAGUCAAUUGCGUAUCACCAGGUUCUGUCAACACGCCGAUGUCACAGGGUGAAAACCCGGAAGAUGUCAAGCGUGGCCUGCAGGUCACUGCACAGAAACGGAGAGCGGAGCCGAUUGAGAUUGCAAACGUCGUUGCGUUCUUGCUGAGUGAUGAGGCUUCGUUCGUGACUGGGGCUGUCUAUAAUGUGGACGGCGGUUGGGUCUGCUAA